ACGGAGUUUAAAGUAACCCCUUCAACUCGCAACUAAGGCCAUUUCCCCUAGUGCAGAGCAAGUUGCAGCUAUGACAAUAUAACAACAAGUAUAGCAUUGAAUCGUGACUAUAAAUUAGGGCGGAUCGAAGUACUUCCCUACCUACCCUCCAAGAUGUGCUAAGCUUCAACUCCCACGACACGAAUUCAUGAUUCACCAUCCAUUCACAGCAUGAGCGUCCCACGAGCCGCCUUACGGCAAUUACACCGCCGUAUCCGAGCGCCAACGAAUUCAGUGCUAGGGAGAACAAGGAUUCGGAAUUAUACAUCAGCACCUUCACCGUCGACAAUCUCGGCAGCCGAGCUAGUGUUUGGCCAGCCAGUUCACGAAACUCACCCUCACAUUCUCAAGGCCGGUGAAAUAACCCCCGGUAUCACAGCCCAAGAAUAUGCGGAUCGCCGCGCCAAACUCGCUUUCAGCCUGCCGACGGGUGCUGUCGCCGUCUUGGCCUCGGCUGAGGUCAAGUACCGCUCCGGCGCCGUCUUCUUCCCCUUCCGUCAGGAGUCCAACUUUCUAUACCUCACCGGAUUCUGCGAGCCGAACUCUCUCGCCGUAAUUCGCAAGACAGGCCCCUCGCUGGGCGACUACACCUUCCACCUCUUCUGCCGGCCCAAGGACCCCAUCGCAGAGCAGUGGUCAGGACCCUGGAGCGGGCUACGGGCAGCCGAGGACGUCUUCAACGCCGAUGAAGCAGGCGACAUCUACAAAAUCACCUCCCUCCUCCCCCGUCUACUCCGCGAUGCCAGCCGUGUGUACACCGACAUCCCGCUCCCCGGGGACGGCAGCGGUACCACCACCGCCAGCGGCAGCAUCACCAGCAUCACCCACAACCUGUCCUCGGCACUGAGCUUUGUCCUCCGCUCUCUGCCCAUCUCGCUCUCCACGUCGCCGCUCCAACCACUAGUCAACACCCUCCGAGCCAUCAAAUCUCCCGCCGAGAUCGCCGCCAUGCGGCACGCGGGGCGCGUGUCAGGGCGGGCGAUCACGUCGGCGAUGCGGCGGGCCUGGACAUCCGAGACGGAGCUGCACGCCUACCUUUCGCAUGCCUUCACGCAGGAGGGGUGUUCGGGGGAGGCGUACGUGCCCGUGGUGGCGGGCGGGCGGCGGGGCCGCAUGAUCCACUACGUGCACAACACGGCGCUGCUGCGUGAGGGGGAGACGGUGCUCGUCGACGCUGGCGGCGAGUACGGCUUCUACGUGACCGACAUCACGCGCACCUGGCCCGUCAGCGGCCGCUUCACUCCGGCGCAACGCGACCUGUACACCGCCGUCCUGCGCGUGCAGCGCGCCUGCGUCGCCCUCUGCCGCGCCAGCGCCGGCCUCUCGCUCGACGAGAUUCACCGCGUCGCCGAGACCGCCCUGGCCGAGGAGCUCACCGCGCUGGGCUUUGAUAUGAACCAGCGCAGCGGCGGCGGCGCCGACGUCAUGGGCGUCUUGUUCCCGCACCAUGUCGGGCAUUAUGUGGGGCUGGACGUGCAUGAUGUGCCGGGCUAUGGGCGGGGCGUCCCGCUGCGGCCCGGACAUUGCGUGACCAUUGAACCGGGCGUGUACGUGCCCGACAACGAGUUCUUUCCGCCCCACUUCCGGGGCAUGGCGGUGAGGAUAGAGGAUAGCGUGUGCGUCGACGAAGAUGGGCCGAUUGUCCUGACUACCGAGGCGGUCAAGGAGGUGGAGGAUAUCGAGGCGCUGAGAUAGUGAGCGUUUUCUCGUCUGUAUUGUACAAUCAUCGUGUUAUUACUAGUACUUCUGUGAGGAAAAACGCUGCCAGAUGAUGCAUUUGACUGGUACCUCGCCUAUUGCCACACAACCGUCACUGCU